UAAAAAAAAUGUACAGGCAGUGUCUUAAGCAUGUUUUAGCUAUCAUUGGACAAGCAAUACAGUUUUUAUGUGCUUUUAAUAUCCUGCACUUAGCUUGAAAAUAAAAGAAACAGAAAGCCACAAACUUCCUUAGAAACAUGAUCUGCAAUUUGUUAAAAACAAUUCUAAUGUAGAUAUUUUUUCCUCCUAGGUUUUACCAAGAGACAGUACAUCUAACACUUAACUUGGAUCAUCUCUUGUUCAUCAGCUUGAAAAUCAUAACAGCCCCCAAAACUGACAUUUGAUCUGAAAGAAAAAGCUGUGACAAAUGGACAAUAUGUCUAUUACUAACACGCCAACAAGUAGUGAUGCUUGUCUGAGCAUUGUUCACAGCUUGAUGUGCCAUCGCCAAGGUGGAGAGAGUGAAACUUUUGCCAAACGCGCAAUUGAAAGUUUAGUUAAAAAGCUAAAGGAGAAAAAAGAUGAAUUGGAUUCUUUGAUUACAGCUAUAACUACAAAUGGAGCUCAUCCUAGCAAGUGUGUUACAAUACAGAGAACGCUGGAUGGGAGGCUUCAGGUGGCUGGUCGCAAGGGAUUCCCUCAUGUGAUUUACGCUCGUCUUUGGAGGUGGCCUGAUCUUCAUAAAAAUGAACUCAAGCAUGUUAAAUAUUGUCAGUAUGCUUUUGACUUAAAAUGUGACAGUGUCUGUGUAAAUCCUUACCAUUAUGAGCGUGUAGUAUCACCUGGCAUCGAUCUCUCAGGAUUGACACUACAGAGUUCAACUCCAUCAAGCAUGUUGGUGAAAGAUGAAUACGUUCACGACUACGAGGGGCAGCCGUCCUUGUCAUCUGCUGAAGGCCACUCGGUCCAAACCAUCCAGCAUCCGCCGAGUAACAGAGCAUCUACAGAGCCAUACAGCACCCCAGCCAUGCUAGCUCCUGCUGAGGCCAGCACUACCAGCACCACUAACUUUCCCAACAUUCCUGUGGCUUCAACAAGUCAACCUCCCAGUAUAUUGACAGGUAGCCAUAGUGAUGGACUCUUACAGAUUGCUUCAGGGCCCCAGCCAGCAGCUCAGCAGAAUGGGUUUACAGCUCAACCAGCUGCUUAUCACAAUAGUACUACAACUUGGACUGGAAGUCGGACGGCAGCCUACACACCUACCAUACCUCACCACCAGAAUGGCCAUCUUCAGCACCAUCCACCUAUGCAUCCUGGACAUUACUGGCCAGUUCACAAUGAGCUUGCAUUCCAGCCUCCUAUAUCAAAUCAUCCUGCUCCAGAAUAUUGGUGUUCAAUCGCAUACUUUGAAAUGGAUGUGCAAGUUGGGGAAACAUUUAAGGUUCCUUCAAGCUGUCCAAUUGUUACUGUUGAUGGAUACGUGGAUCCGUCUGGAGGAGACCGUUUUUGCCUGGGCCAGCUUUCCAACGUGCACAGAACAGAAGCCAUUGAGAGAGCAAGGUUGCACAUAGGUAAAGGAGUGCAGCUGGAGUGCAAAGGAGAAGGUGACGUGUGGGUGAGGUGCCUCAGUGACCACGCAGUCUUCGUCCAGAGCUACUACCUGGAUAGAGAAGCAGGGCGAGCGCCGGGCGAUGCUGUCCACAAGAUCUACCCAAGUGCAUAUAUCAAGGUUUUUGAUUUACGACAGUGUCACCGACAGCUGCGACAUGCCACUGCCCAAGCUGCUGCUGCUGCCCAGGCUGCAGCAGUAGCAGGAAACAUCCCUGGACCAGGAUCAGUAGGUGGAAUAGCCCCAGCCAUUAGUUUGUCAGCUGCUGCUGGAAUUGGUGUAGAUGACCUUCGGCGCUUGUGCAUUCUCAGGAUGAGUUUUGUAAAAGGUUGGGGACCUGAUUACCCAAGGCAGAGCAUCAAAGAGACACCCUGCUGGAUUGAGAUCCACUUGCACCGGGCCCUGCAGCUUCUCGAUGAAGUUCUCCACACCAUGCCGAUCGCAGACCCACAACCUUUAGACUGAGAUCCCUCUGCUGCGCUGCUGUGGGCCAUUAUAUUGUGAGGAUGGUGGAUUGUAAAAUACAAUUCUGUUUAUAACCUAAAGAUAUAUUUUACCUUUGUUCUGCUUAAUCUUCUAAAACCAGGUUUUAAAAAUGUGUUUGCCACCUUGCUCUUAGCAGAAAGUAAUUGAACAUGCAGAAGUUGGAUUUUGGUUAUUUUCAGAAAUUAACUGUCAUAAUAUAUGGCUCAGGGCUUAAAG